AUGGCGCCAGUGACUUUGAAAACGGUCGAUGACGACCUCAAAGAUGUGAUCCAGCACUUAUUCGAGAUCCAAUCCGCGGUCCACGGCUAUCUGGGCCCAGAGACACAGCAUGAGCUUGUGCGCAAGAUCAAAAACCUAACUGUCGCCCUCUCGACUUUGUCAACACAUACCCAACUCCCACCAACACAAGAAAACCAACCAGACACAAACACCGACCCCUCCAAUCCCUCCCUCGCCAGCAUUCAGCUCCCACCAGAGAUAAUCGACUACGUUGACUCGGCGCGUAACCCGGAUAUCUACACGCGAGAGUUCGUCGAGCUUGUGCAGCGUGGGAAUCAGGACCUGCGCGGGAAGCGUGAGGCCUUUGCGAGCUUCCGUGACGUGCUGGCCCGUGAGAUGCGCAGCGCUAUGCCCGAGUGUCGCGGCGAGGUUGAUCGCGUGGUUGCUGCGACGGGUGGGGUAGUCGAUAGACCUGACGGCGUUGCCGGGGAUGCGGCUACCAUGACCAUGUUUGAUGCUGCCCGACAUGUAAGGCCACUAAAGCUAUGGCUGACGUCAUUGAAUGAGUAUCCCGAGGUCCAAUGGAUGGAGCUCAUCUCGGAACAAGAGUUUCCGGACCUGAUGAACCACAAUGCCAACUCGAAGGAGCCGAUCGGCGGCAGCGUGCCGACCAACCACCGCAUUGCGGAAUUAGAGCAGGAGAAUGAAAUCCUUCGACGGAAAUGUGCCCAGCUUCGGGGAAACAACACCACUUCUGCCGGAAGGAUUCAAUCAGAGCCGGAGCAUUCUGUUACAUCGGAAAGUACUCCACGUACUCCACGUACUCCAUUGCCUUUCUCGAGAAUAGCGGGUAUUGGUCUUUCGCGGAACGACUCUCCCUCAACUUCAACUAGAGAUGCAUCACACCCAGAAGUACCGGAGAACGACCGCAGAAACACGUCAUUGUAUCAUGGUCCAACGAGCACAGUGUAUGAUUAUACAAGUCCAAAUCACAGUGAGCAGAAUAGACUAGGGCAAUGGAACGAAGAGGGAACACGGCAUUUUCUCUUUUCUCAGACAGCGAGGCAGAGACAGCUAGAGCCACUUAAUCUUGCCGCCGGAAAACUCGACUUUGAUGGCAUUGAUCCCGAGAUCGGCAUGCAUCUACUCUCCAUAUACUGGAGUCGUCAGCUUUACACAGCACAGAUAAUUUACCGGCCGGCUUUCAUGCGCGAUAUGGCCUGUGGGGGUCCAUACUUUUCCAAACUGCUUCUAAAUGCGAUAUUUUUCGUAGUUUCGAAGCACUGUGACCGACCAGAACUUCGUUCCGACCCAAAUGAUAUUACGACUGCAGGAUGGAAGUUCCGGCAACGCUUCACAUAUCUUUUACGAGAUUGUUUCGAUAAAAGCGAAAUUACCACCCUUCAGGCAUUGCUGAUUAUGUCCAAUGCACUUUUUUCUAGAUGUGAUGAACGGAGUCUGUCAUGGCUAUACGCUGGAAAUGCAUUUAAUAUGUUCAUUGAUCUUGGUCUGCAUGUGCUUCCUUCUGUGGAUAGUAUCCCUGCCGAGGAGCUUGAGAUUCGAAAGCGAGUUCUCUGGGGAGCAUACUUAAUUGAUAAGAUCCAGUGUCUUUUCCAAGGAAGACCUCCGCUUCUCAACCGUGUGAACCUGAGAGCGUCACUAGACUUCCUGGAUGACUAUGACGAGCUUGAACCGUUUCAAGAUAUCACAUACAUGGCUAUAAAGCCUCGAGGAGUGGUUCCAUCACUGAAUGUUUCUUUGCUCACCAAUUUGUGCGAUUUGACCACAAUUGUGGAACGUGUUCUUCGUGAGAUUUAUUCGGAAUCUCGAGAGUCAAGUAUUGUCCACAGGGCAAAUAUCUCAGAGGAAAUAAAGUCACAGCUGAAAACCUGGCGUCAAAAUUUGCCACUUCGGCUUGACUACCUGUCAUUCCCAGACCAGGCGGUUCUCCUGCCUCAGUCUGCCUGUCUUUUAGCUCUAUUCAAUGUGCUUAUCAUUUUGGUUCACCGUCCUCUAAUAAUUGGCCACGACGGGGUCAUCAAUUCAACAACUGCCCAUGAGUCAGUGAACGCAUGUACAGCAGCUGCGAACCAAAUUGUUCAGAUUCUCCAUGACUACUCGCAGCACUUCUCUCUGAGCAGUGCACCGUAUAUGCUCUCUUACGCUACAUAUAUCAGUGCAACGAUCCACGCACGGAUUGUUGCACAGAAAGGGAGUAACUCAACUGUGUUCCAAUCACUGCUUCUUUGCCGGAAUAUUCUUGUGGAACAUACACGCCUCUAUUCUGCAGCAGAAAAGGCUAGGGAAAAUUUGGAUAAGUUGAUUACUCACUUAGGAAUCAGUGCUACAGACGAAAAUCUACGCACUGGAAGCUCCGGGGGCUCUGAGAACACCUUUCCCAGCGAGCACAUGCUCGUGGAUGAGUCUAUGAACGUUGCGAGAGAAUCUGGCGUUGCAGAUCGUGCACUUGAAUUUGGAUCUUCCUUGUUGAAUUUGGAACUAUCGGACCUGGACCUUGAAGCAAUUGCUCAAGGCUUUCAGGUUGAUGUAGAGUCGCAUUCGUUUUGGAAUUCUUUGGUAUGA